UAAUUAACUUGGAUCGUGUAGAAGUUCACAACAGCAUGGCCAGUAAGGAAUCCUUAUCAAAAUAUUUUACAGGUACCCAUGAAGUACAAGAAUGUCUUGAAGGUCAAGGUGAGAUAGAUCUACAAACACACCUGGCAAACUGCAAGAAAAACCCUGGCCAUGAAGAAUUUUUACCAGUGAAUUAUCUUUGCUUUGGUUACCAAGACAACGACCUAAAUGGCUUUACAAAAGCACUGGCAGACCUAACGGUCAUGAUAGCAGUUCAAUUCACCAGUCCAGACAGACCUGAGUUUGUACCAGGCACUAAAGAUCCAUAUCCUUGCUGCAACACCAGGGGACAGAACUCACUGAGGACAGGGACUGGGAGGGUGUUGAGGGUGACCGAGUCUACAAAGGGAAUGGAGGACUACAGAUCGUGUCCUUGUCCUGAAUAUGAGCACUCGGACACACCCAGUAAAGUCUGGUGUAAGGUGGAGGUGUUGACGUCCAGACAUGUGAUUUUUGAUUCCAGUGAGGCGAGACAGUCCAACUGUAGGUUGUGGUUUGAUGAUGAUGAAAGUCCAGUGGUCAACAUUUAUGGUUGGGAUGUAUGUGAGGCAGACACUCAGCAAGAUCUGUGUUUGUUGUAUUGUGUGACACAUGUCAUAGGCGUAGCGGGUCAACUGGAGGAGAUGGUGGGGCGGUUUUAUACCAUAAAUAAGAAAGUAAAUGAAAAAUACAAGAGUCGUAGAGAUGUGGAGAGGCUGACCAUUAUAGUGUCACAUCCUCAUGGCUGUUCUAAGCAGGUCUCUGUAGGUCACUGGCUACACAAGCAGGGGGAAGGUAGGCAGACCAGGUACACGUACACAACUAGCACCUGUCCAGGUAGCAGUGGAGCUCUGGUCUACAGACUGGGGCAUUGGAUGUUUAACCAUCUCCACAUUGGAACUAACUCUAGCAUCACAUUUGAUGGAUUAAAUUAUAGUUGCCUGCACUGGGAGCAAAAUAUGUAGUUAUCUUCUCUUGUCUAAUAUCUAAACAAACACGGCUUCUUCUUCUUCUUCGCUCUUAAUUUUAGUGUUGGAAGGGAUCCCCUCCAACACACUUCACUAUACAUGUCCACUUUGUAUGCGACAUUGUGGCCAUUGACUCUCAUUUCAGCCUUCUUUUCUUUCUGGAUUUAAUUUCAUAGCCUUUGUCCAACAAAGAACAAA